CUUCCAACUCUCAGGUUCCUGCUCGGCUCUGACUCCUUCCUGUUCCUCUUGUUUACAUACAUUUAGAGGAAACUUCAGCAUUGGACAGUGGAUAUUGCCGAAUGUGCUGAUGACAGCACCUUAGUGAUCUCCAGAAGCAGAAGACUCAUGCUUGCUCACCUCUGCACUACCUCACUCACCCUGUACAUAUUGUGGAUCACCAUGGCCCAGGUUGAUGGCCAGGAUGACAAAGAGAAAACAACAGCACUCAAAGAUUUGCUGUCGAGAAUAGACCUAGAUGAAUUGAUGAAGAAGGAUGAACCUCCUUUCACAUUCCCCAAAACUCUUGAGGAGUUUGAAUAUGCCUUUAAUGAAGAUGGCCAGCUAAGACAUAUCAAUACAGGAGAACCUUUUGUCUUCAAUGCCAGAGAGGAUCUCCACCGCUGGAACCAGAAACGCUAUGAAGCUCUGGGAGAGAUUAUCACUCAGUAUGUUUAUGAGCUGCUGGAGAAAAAGUGCAACAUGACUAAAGCAUCCCUGCCAGUGGAUGCCUCGGAAGAUGAACCCACCAGUUUUAUUUACCUGAGCCCAGAUGCCUUGUCCAACCCCUCCAAGCUGCUGGUGUUAAUCCAGGGCAGUGGUGUGGUGCGAGCAGGUCAGUGGGCCCGAAGACUGAUCAUCAACCAGGACCUGGAUUCAGGGACACAGAUCCCCUUCAUCACCAAAGCCAUUGAGGAAGGCUAUGGUGUGAUGGUGCUCAACCCCAAUGAAAACUACCUGGAGGUGGAGAAACCGGCUCUCUCCAGUACCCUGCCCUCUCCUACUGAACUCUCUGAUGAACCUGCCGAGAAGAGAGAACGAAAGGAAGACAAAGAGAGCAAAAAGAAGAAGGAAUUUUACGGAAAGUACCGCAACCCACAAAAGGAAACUGAGACUGAACGGAUACCAAUACGGGAAAAUGGCUCCUCGGAGGAACACGUGCUAUACGUGUGGGACAACUUUGUGUCCAACGCUGCAGCCAAAAAUGUUUUCAUCAUGGCCCACAGCUACGGUGGGCUGUCCUUUGUUGAACUGAAUCCACCCAUCCAUCUCAGUUGUAUGUCCUUCCCUCUGUCUCUUCCGUGGAGCCUGUGGUCCCCUCUGACAUCUGUUUUCAUGCUUGGCCAGCCUGUUCCUCUUCGCCUGUGCUCCUCACUGUCUCAGGUGUAUUGUUUUUAAAAGAAGAUGGGUUAUUUUCCAAGUACUGUUAUUCAGUAUCCUUCAAAACCGAAGAGGUUUCAGAGCCUGUGGUCCACACCCCCAGCCCACUAUACCUCUUUCUCAUAUCCCAAACACACACACAAAACAUAAUAAUUGUUUUGGUUGCGGAAUCUGGUAAUGCUUUCUUCACCUGCGGACAAGAUUUUACCAGGAUGGAAGCAGUGAGAUAACAAGACACCCAGAAAUGAGGCCCUGCAUUUAUUUCUAUCACUAUGUCUUUGCUUAGCUUGUCUUUUGAUCUGCUUCUGUAGCCAGAAGUGAAGUCUGGUAACGAUGGUGGUCAUGUUGAUGAAGAGUCUUACCCUGAACUAAGCUUUCUGCACAAGCAGUGAAAAAGGAGCAGUCUUACUGAACAGGACAGAGCACAGCCUUAUAUAAGGUCUUAUGUAAGAAUGCAUCUGUCUUCCAGUACACAACUGUGUGGGUGCCAAUCAGUCAGCCACCUAGCCGCCAAAACAGCCAUUCAAAGACAUUAUUACAGAGGCCAAUUUCUGUAUGUGCACAAAUAAUGUAUCCUUACAAAUGAAGUGUGUGCACAUAGUCUUCCACAGAUUUGGCUUGUUUCUCUCCACCCUCCUUGGUUUUUAAUGGAUUUGUAAGUUGAGGCUGAGGAUCAGAUGUGGGAAAGGAUGCUUGAGGUGAGACAGAUGAAGGAUGGAUUUUUUCCUUGUGGACUCCAUCGUUUCUGGUAUGUGGAGGAUGAGAAGGAUAAAAAAAACCCAUGGCUGAUUCAGACUGAGUCAGAAAAAUGUGUUUACUGUUAAGAAGAAGAGUUGGGAGCUAAUUAAAUUCUUUGGCUAUCCGUCAGGGAUCCAGUCAUAUGGUUUAUACACAGUUUGCAUAGGUGCUUUGAGAGUGUUAAAUCAGAUUAGCAAGGUUAACAUUUAUUUGUUGUUUGUUUGUUUUGUGGUAUAUAUAUAUACACUCUGAGCACUGGUCUGUCUAUGCCUAUGGCUUCUGGACUGUACGACGAGAUGGUAAGCUUAUCUCAAGGUUCUGCAUAGUUAGCGGGCUCUGGGGCAGUUCAGGAGCACUGCAGUUUCCUGCGCAUAUGCGUGUCCUAAUAUCCAUGUGAUGUGUGUAUGUUUGUCUGCCUCUAUCUGAAACUGGGUUUGAGGUAUUUAUGCCUGUGUGUUUGUGUGUGUGUGUGCGUGUGUGUGCGCAUUUGUGUGUGUGUGUGUGUCAGCCCCAGCCUGCUUUAGUCUGCAUCUUCCUGAGGAAAACAGCUUGGCUGAAAGCAAAGCUAUCAGAGCCAUGUUAGGAGAGGAAAAAAGGAGGAGAGGGUGAGCGGCAAUGAUAAAUGGCUGGGGCACACCAUCAGAAAUUAGUGGAGCCGUUUGCAAAGCUGCGGCAUUUUGUUUGAUGUGAAACAAAAGGACCACCAUGUCAAAAGUGCCUGCCAGCCUGCACAGCAGGAAGACAGCCCCUAGGACAUACACCAGCAUUGAUUCUGUGUGUGUUUGCACUUAAAUGUACACAUAUGUUAUAAUGCAUACAUAUCAUGCACCGCCCUGUUUUUGUUUUGUCCUGCCUUUAUUGUGUAUAUUAUCCCUUUUCUGUGUUUCGGGCUGCACUCCUGAUGUUAGACAAUGCCUAGCCCUUUGUACACUGAAGAGAAACACGACACAUUCUUUGCUACGGCUACAGCAUAUUUGCUCUAUUAAGCAGCUGAAAUAUAGAUGUCUAAUUUCUUUGUGAAUGAAUAGGCAUCUUAGAGAGCAGCUCUCCUCUUAACAUAAGGAUGUAAAUUGAACUGUUUAAAUGUCACAGUCAGCAAGCUGAUUUGAUUUGAAUUGAUUUGCUUGUUUCUGGGAAAAAAAGACCUCCCUUGCCAGGGCUUAGCAGCGCUGGCUGCCACAGAUAGACCAAGGUCUUUCUUUCUGCCCCAACAACACAUUGUAGGGCUUCAGAAUUCUUCUAUCUGCUGUGAUUAUGUACAAAUGGCCUUCAUUUGCCAUCCAUUUCAAAGCUGUAGUGCUGCAUUGUGAGUAGAGGCAGAUGACGCAGACCAAAUUACAUCGGGUCUGCCGCCUGAAAAGGAUACUGGCACAAUAGGCAUUGUGAAGUAUUCCCUUCAAUACGUUGCCAUUAUUCUCACCUUUGUUGGUGUUUCUCUCUGUGUUUCAGGAGCAUCUUUGGUUUCUAGAUUACAUAUGAGGUGUUGAGGAGAGGUGUGGGGGGAGAGGGGUUUGGA